AAUAUCUGCGACGCGCCGGGCGCUUCCGUCCAACCUUAGAAAAAACGAUCUCCUAACCGGCUACUGUCCUAGACACUCCACUCAGCUUCGCCAUGGCCACGGUCGCGAGGCACCUCGUCCUGUGCUCCUCCGCCACCUCCUCCUCCUCCACCCCGUCACAACGCCGGCGGGGGCCCCUGCCGCCCGACGCCACAGCGGGCACGGACAGGCAGCAGCCCACCACGCGCAGGCUGGCGGUGGCUGCGUCCACGGCGCUGGCGGCCACGGCCACGGCUGCGCUGUCCGCGCGCCGGCCCGCGCCGCCCCCGCCCGCGAUGGCUGCGGAGGCGGCCGCGGUGCCCGCGCCGGCGACGCCGCCCGGGCCCGUGCCGCGGUGGGGCACCCGGUCGUACGUGCGCGAGCGGUACUUCGAGCCGGAGCUGACCGCGGAGGAGGCGGCCGCGCGCAUCCGGCAGACCGCGGAGGGGAUGCGCACGCUGCGGCCCAUGCUGGAGACCAUGUCGUGGAAGUACGUGCUCUUCUACGUGCGCCUCAAGUCCAAGUACCUCGGCCUCGACCUCACCACCGCCAUGGCCGGCGUCCCCGUUGCCCGGCGCGCUGACUACGUACGCGUCGCUAACGAGCUCGUCGACAACAUGACGGAGUUGGAUCGCUUCGUGCGGACUCCCAAGGUCUACGAGUCCUACCUCUUCUACGAGAAGACGUUGAAGUCGCUGGAUGACGUGGCAGAGUUCCUCGUUUGAUGCAGACCCAUGCACGAAUGCAGCCGUAGAAGUGGUGCCAGUCAAACUGAUUUAAAGUUUGACAAAAUUUACAAUAAUGAUAUCGAUAUUCUCUAUCUCUAACAAAUUUACUAUAUACACUGUAAUUAGUUUGAUGGUACUUCUUUUAUGUCAUAAAUAUUAAUAUUUUUAUGAAUUCUUUGAAUAAUAUGUUCUCCCGCUUUAUGUAUGUACCAGAAGCGCCAAGAUACAUGUAGUUCCAAUGUUCUAGCGCGUCCGCUCGGACAAGCUAAAUAUAAGGAGACAAAAGCAUAGCGAAGAGUAGAAGUAACCACAACAAGCAUUUCUCUCGAUCUCUCUCAAAACAGAUUACAGAGACAACGUUGGAGGCUCCAAACGCUGAACAUUUGAUUGUCCUGACUCUGAAGUAUCCACCCAGAUCUGUUCGCUUUGUUCUCCGUCAGUUGAAUAAAGUCCUUCAUUUUCUC